AUGCCUGCUCUGAAGCUCGCUACCCGUGCUACGACGAAUGUCUGGAAAUCUACACUGUCUAGACGCCUGGCCACAGUUGCAAGCGACAGUCCGAUCACCUACACCUCGGAAGGCGCGGUCUCUAUAUCGUACCCCACUCUAGUGAACUCUCCAUUGUCCCUUACCGCUUCCAUUGCGAAGGCAUUCGGCUCUGAGCCGGGCUGUCUAGGGAUCGUUAUUGUCCGUGAUUUGCCACCAAACUAUGUGACCGCAAGGGAAAGGUUACUCAAGCUCGCCUACCGUUUCGCGCAUCUUGAUCACCAAACGAGGGAGCGUUAUGCAGAUCCGCGGAGCAAAUACAGCUUUGGAUGGUCACAUGGCAAGGAGGUCAUGAACGGCAAACCCGACACCCUGAAGGGAUCAUAUUAUGCGAAUCCUAUUGUAGACACCCCUAAUGUGACCGCAGAACAACGUCAAGCAUAUCCGGAGUAUUAUGGAACAAACAUAUGGCCUGCGAAAGACGUAGAAGGGAUAGAAGGAUUCGAGGAUGCCUUCAAGACAUUGGGCAGAUUCGUGUUCAAGGUCGGCACAGAAUUGGCGAUCGCUUGUCAGCCUUUCGCUUCCGCGCACCUCACGAACACCUCCGUAUCGCUGGGCGACCUGAUUAGAACCUCUCAAACCACCAAAGCCCGUCUCCUCCACUACUUCGCGCCCCCCUCGGAUGCUGAGCCUCCUUCGGAAGAUGAGCCCAUCGAUAACUGGUGUGGCUUCCACAUCGACCAUUCACUUCUAACUGGAUUAUGUUCGGCCAUGUUCGUUCGCCCAGGCCCAGCGGGGGAGCCGGUCAUCGUACAGAACCCCUCUCCCUCAUCCGGUCUAUACAUCAGGACUCGCGGUGGUGAUUUGACCAAAGUGUCCAUUCCUUCGGAGUGUCUCGCUUUCCAGACUGGCGAGGCCCUAGAGCUCGCUACGGCAGGUAGCUUGCGUGCAACGCCCCAUUGCGUACGGGUCGGUGCUGGCGCGGGGAUGGAGGGUGUUUCCCGCGAAACGUUGGCACUCUUCAUGCAACCAGACACGAACCAGCGCAUCGCGACCUCGGAGACGUUCGGACAAUUCAGCAAACGCGUGUUCGAGCGGCACUACGGGCAAGAGGUAGCUGUCGCAUGA